GAAGACACGACCUUACUUGAACAGGAUCUGUUCUAUAGGCUCGUACCUCUGUAUUCUUGAUUCCUAAGAAGACAGAAACCCAUGUCUGGUUGAUGAAYCACGACCAUGUAACCAGAGCGUGAUUAACAGAAACCCAUGGUCUUAGCAAGCCACGGCUCAGUAGAUGAUCGUUGCCAUCCCAUCUGAUGGGUCUUGGCAUGGUUACAUGGUUGUCUGACAGACAAUUCCCAUCUUUUUGUUUCGUAGAGGAACUUCAGAUUUACGAAGAACUUCAGAUUCGCAUAGGAUUUAUUCAGAAGCACAAGAAGAUCCACCCUACAAGGAGAUCCCAGUGAGAGUGAUUCUAGAUAUGGGAUCAUGGGUUGGAAAGACUGUUUAUGGCUGCAUUACCAUGCCAGUAUCUGACUUUUACACGGUCAACCGUCACUACCCUAUGUGGAUAGUUCUUCACAAUAGGGAUGCCCAUAAUGAACGAUUGCAUGCUAUAUCUGUUGAUUUAUUCAAAAGCACAAGAAUAUCCAUCCUACAAGGAGAUCCCAGUGGGAGUGAUUCUAGAUAUGGGAUCGUGGGUCAGAAAGACUAUUUAUGGCUGCAUUACCAUGGCAUUAUCUGAUUUUUACACGGUAAACAGUCACUACCAAACAAGGAUAGUUCUUCAUGAUAGGGAUACCCAUGGAGAACCAUUGCAGGCUCUGUCUGCUGCUCUUGAUCUUUUGGAGAACACGCGAGUGCAAGCAAUAGUAGGUCCAGAAUCAUCGGUUGAAGCAAGAUUCUUGGAGGUUUUGGGGGAAAAGGCUAACGUGCCUAUUCUUUCGUUAGCUACAAGUCCAUAUUCCAAUCAAAAUCCAUAUCUUCUUCAAAUUGCGCAAGAUGAAACCAAUCAAUUUGAAGGCAUUGCUGCAAUGGUAGAAUCUUUUAAAUGGAAGACUGUCAUCCUUAUCUGUGAAGACACUGCAAAUGGUAGAGAAAUGGCUACUUAUAUGGUUACUGCAUUUCAAGAGAAAAGCAUACACGUUACAUAUACUAGCCUAAUUUCAACCUCUGCCAGUAAUGAUUAUAUCCUGAACGAGCUUCACAAGCUUCUAACUAUGCAAACGACAUUGUUUGUCAUGCAUACAUCGCCUUCUCUUGCAUCCAAUCUUUUCUCCAUGGCAAAAGAGGUUGGCAUGAUGGGUGAAGGAUACAUGUGGAUUGUAACCAGUAAGACUACAAACUUCCUGGAUUCCUUAGAUGUUGAAGCUAUUGAGUCGAUGCAGGGGGCAGUGGGUUUCAAAUCAUAUUUUCCAGAAUCAAGGGAGCUUCAUGAUUUUGUGUUGAAAUGGAGAAAGGAACAUUUUGCUUUAAACCCUUUUAUGGAGUUUAAGGAGGUGGAUCCUAAUGGUAUAUGGGCAUAUGAUGCAAUUUGUGCACUAGCAAUGGCUGUUGAAAGAGUACAAACUACGAUCCCACGACUAGAUGAACAUGUUACCGAAUUAGCUUCAAAAGAUUUGACCACCAUUAAUGGCACAUCUCGAAUGGGUGCAGCACUUCUCAACGAGAUGUUAAGAGUUAAGUUUAAUGGUGUAGGUGGUGAAUUCAAACUUAUGAAUGGGAGAAUCGUCUCCAAAGCCAUAGAAGUCAUAAAUGUGAUUGGUAAGGGUGAUAGGAGGGUUGGGUUUUGGAUAGCUAGUGGUGAGUUUACCAAAAAAAUAGGAAAAUUUAAUCUUUCUUCCAAUAGUGGCCUGGAAAUGAUCAUCUGGCCGGGAGGGACUCUGACUAUACCAAAGCGUAGGAGGCUACAAAUGAAUGGCAAGAAACUGAGAAUUCUUAUUCCGGAUUUUGGCGGAUUCCCAAAUUUAGUACACGUGACUGUUGAUCCAGGAACAAAUCUUCCAACUGCCAGCGGGUUCUGUGGAGAUGUUUUUAAAUUUGCAUUUAAUGCCUUAGGCUAUGGAGUAGACAUUGAAUUUACUCGGUUCUCUUAUGAGGAUGGAGGGACUUACAAUGAUCUAAUUAAUAAAAUCCAUCUUAAGGAAUUUGAUGCUGCUAUUGGGGAUAUAACGAUCACAGCAAAUAGGUCUCGGUAUGUUGACUUCACAAUUCCCAUCAGUGAUCUGGGCAUUGGCACACUAGCACGAAAUGCCAACAAAAGCAUGUGGAUCUUUUUUGAUCCCCUUAGUGCAGAUCUUUGGAUUACAAGCUGUAGUUUCCUUCUCUUUUUGGCCUUUCUCAUUUGGUUUAUUGAACAUCGUUCGAAUGAAGAAUUCCAAGGUUCAACAAGACAGCAAAUUGGAACAACUCUCUGGUUUGCCUGUUCAACCCUUGUUUAUGCUCACAGGCAGAAUCUGCAGAGUAAUUUGUCAAGAUUUGUGGUGACUGUUUGGGUUUUUGUCGUGCUUGUGCUCAUAUCGAGUUACACAGCAACAUUGACUUCACAUUUAACAGUACAACAGAUUGCAUUGAAGGAGGGCUCUAUCGGAUUCCAAUCAUUUUCCCCCAUAGCAAGAGGAGCGGUCUUUAACAACUUAAAAUUUGCUGACUUCAGGAUGGAGAAACUAAAUUCAUCUGGGGACUAUGUUAAAGCAUUAACAACUGGAGGAUUUGCUGCAAUCAUCGAUGAAAUCCUUUACAUCAAAUCAGUCCUUGCAUUGUAUUCGGCUGCAGACUUCUCCUUGGUAGCAACAUCAUCCACCACUAAUGGUUUCGGCUUUGCGUUCAAGAAAGGUUCGCCAUUGGCCCAAGAGAUGUCGACUGAGAUAGCCAAGCUACGCGAAGACGGAACAUUGAAAGCGUUGGAGGAUAAAUGGUUAUACGGCCAAUCUUCAUUGAUGACAAACGGUUUUUCUUCCUCUUCCCCACACAUAUUGAAUCUUCAUGGGUUUCGAGGUCUGUUUCUUAUCAGUGGGGUGUCAAUGGUGUUGGCCCUUUUGGUGUCCAUAGUUUAUCGUGUUCAUGAAAAAUGGCGUGGCAAAAGUAAGAUGCAGAUACUGAGGUGCAUAUUACGAAUAUCUACCAGUAUACAUGUACAAGAUAGCGAAGCGAACUAGUAGUUUGGCUCUUUUAUUUGGCUUAUAAAAUUUAUGAGGAUAAAGAUUCAUGUAUGUAAUUAUACUUUAUGAGAUGAAAAAUGGUUUUAUG